AUGCCUAGCCGGAAAGGGAGGCUUUACCAGCCAAACGUAGAUGUCAAAGGAGCUUGUUCCUUGGAGAGCAAGAAACAGAGCAUAGAAGCAGAGAAGCCAAGUUUCGCUGACCUUCCACUAUGUCUCUUGGAAGUAAUAAUAUCGAAACUUGAUUUAAAAGAUAACAUCCGUGCGUCCGCUGCAUGCAAAACGUGGCGUGAAGCCGGUCUUUAUGUCCGGUUGGUGGAUAAGCCUCCUUGGCUUAUGCACUUACCUAAACGUGGACACUUGUUCGAAAUCUAUGAUCCAUUGCAACAGAAGAUGUACGCAGUGAAUCUACCUGAGCUAGCCAAAUCAACGGUGUGUUACUCAAGAGACGGAUGGUUACUUAUGCGGAAAAAUGUUUCAAACGAAAUGUUCUUCUUCAACCCGUUUACUAGGAAACUCAUCAACUUACCAAAAUGUGAGUUAUCAUAUGAAGCGAUCGCUUUCUCUUGCGCGCCUACAUCAGGUACUUGUGUUCUGCUAGCGUUUAAGCAUGCUGCGUAUGGUACAUUAAUGACUACGAGCACUUGCCAUCCCGGAGCAACAAAGUGGAUUACCGAGGAUUUACAUUUCCGUCCUAAUUAUGGAAGCAAUAGGCACAAUCACAGCAAUGUUGUCUAUGCCAGACGUUGCUUCUAUUGCCUUGAUGGUAACGCAUUCUUGUAUUACUUUGAACCGUCUACUCGAGAAUGGGGACAUGAAAUUGAGAUUAUAGAGGAUUGUCGUUACAUAUCAGAUAGAUUUGGGUAUCUAUAUGAGCGUAAGAAGCAAAGAAUAUUCUUGGCGGUGCGUAACGGAGUGUUCUUUAAAAUGUUUACAUGCGGAGGUGAGAAACCGAUUGUGUAUACGCUUCAACUAGACUCUGUGAGAUGGGAGGAGAUCAAUAGUACUACCCUCGACGGUUUGACAUUCUUUACGAGUCUUUAUUCAUCUGAGGUGAGAGUCAAUCUCCCAUGUAUGAGGAAUAGUGUUUACUUCCAAGGUUUCGUUUUAGUUGCAAGCGUUGCGUGUCGUAUUCGUUUGAUGAAGAGAGGUAUUAUCCACGCAAGCAAUGGCAAGAACAAGAGGAUUUAUACAACCGUUGCCCCGUCAAGCACCACCGCCGUCUCCGGUUAUGACGUCACCUUCAUCAUCUUCAAACAUUAUCGCCGAUACAAAACUCCAAGCGAUGAGGCACUCAAUCCGAGUUUUGCUGAUCUUCCAUCAAGUCUUUUGGAAUGGACAAACAUCCUUGGCUUAUGUGUUUUCCUAAACGCGGAAACUCGUUUAAACUCUGCGAAUCCAUUAGAAUGGAAUCUGUACACUUUGAAACUUCCAGAGCUAGCUAAAUCAACUGUGCAUUACUCAAGAGAUGGUUGGUUACUUAUGCAUAGAUCCAUCUCAAACGAGAUCUUCUUCUUUAACCCGUUUUCUCGAGAGCUCGUAAGCUUGCCUAAGUUUGAUCUUCCUUUCAUGGAGAUUGCAUUCUCUUGUCCUCCUACAUCGGAUAAUUGUGUUGUGGUAGCGUUAAACUUUGUUACAGAAUAUCUUGUCACCGCCAGCACUUGCCACCCUGGAGCAACUGAGUGGGUUACUGAGGACUUCCCAACUGCUUUUAAGGAGGUUUAUAUGCAAAGCAAGCUUGUCUAUGUCAAUGAUCGAUUCUAUUGCUUUAACGCAGUAAAAGGCUGCUUGUAUUCCUUUCACCCAUCUUCCAGGACAUGGAAUUUUCAUCAUGCGUAUACACUCGAAUGCCCUUAUAAGCUUCCUACAAAGAAGUCUAAGUCGGUGGAGAAAUCAGUUUACUUGGCAGAGAAGAAAGGGGAAUUGUUUCUCAUGUUUACAAGGGGGAAUAGGAAGCCAAUGUUCUAUAAACUCGUCUCUCUGAAAUGGGAAAAGUUGAAUCGUACGUAUCAGCUUGAUGGUUUGACAUUCUUUGUCAGUUUUUAUAACUCUGAGUUGAGAACUGAUCUCCCAUGGAUGAGGAACAAUGUCUAUUUCUCGAGGUAUGGCAACACUCGCAAGUAUUGUUUAUCCUACUCGUUCGACGAAAGGAGAUACAUGCCGCGUAAACUAUGGCAAAAGUGGCUGGAACAUUGUCCACCUUAUAGCCUCUGGAUUGAUCCGCCCAUGAACGUUUUAGACUAUUUGUCAAAGCUAUGA